AUGAAGAAUAGAUCAUCAUGCAAUAUCGUUGUUCUUUCAUAUUAUCUCCAGGCAACACUUGCCUUGCUGGUAGGAUUACAGGCUGCAUUAGGCAGUGCAGCAAAGCCUCCGGCGAUUUUCAUACUGGGUGACUCCACCGUAGACGUUGGUACUAAUUCUUACUUGCAAGAAAGCAGGGCCAGAGCCGACUUUCCUCAUUACGGCAUUGACUUCCCUCACUCGAGGCCAACUGGGAGGUUUAGCAAUGGCUUGAAUGGUGCUGAUUUUCUAGCCAGGUUAAUGGGAUAUAACAGCAGCCCACGACCCUUUCUCAGUCUUGGUAGCCCUUUGCUUUCUUAUCUCAGAAACCACGCCUUCAGAGGCGCAAACUUUGCUUCUGCGGGUUCUGGCCUGCUUGACCUCACUGGUUCAGCAUUGGGAGUUGUGCCAUUAUCAGAGCAGAUUAAGCAAUUUGCCACGCUCCAAGGUAAUCUUACUGCUGUUAGGGGUUCAGGGGCAACGGAAGCAAUGCUACAAAAAUCUUUGUUUUGCAUCAGUAUUGGAAGCAAUGACCUCUUUGACUAUGUUGUUUCCAAUAGCAGCACGACUCCACAAGAGUUUAUUUACCUCCUCAUGAAAGAAUACGAGAACUCUAUCAAAACUUUAUACAGCCUUGGAGCACGGAAAUUUGGCAUCAUAAGUGUGCCGCCAAUCGGUUGCUGCCCAAUCAUUAGACUUCUGGAUGCUGAAGGAAAAUGCUCCGAGGCCUUGAAUGGGUUGGCAAGAGCUUUUUAUUCAGCACUUGAGACCCUAUUGUACGGCAUUGGCUCUGAGCUUGAGGACUUGAAAUACUCGCUUGGAAAUGCUUACUUAAUGACCAUCAAUGUCAUCGACAAUCCACAGCCCUUCCAUUUCACGAGCGUGGACACGGCGUGCUGCGGAUUUGGCAAGUUGAACGCAGAACAGGCUUGUAAUGCAACUGCAAAUCUUUGCUCAAAGCGUAAGGAGUACUUGUUCUGGGAUCAAUUCCACCCGACUCAAGCUGCUGCUAACCUGGCAGCUAAUACGCUCUAUGCUGGUCCACCUCUCUACGUAUCCCCUAUUAACUUCGCUCAGCUGGUUCAACUGUGA